UCCCACCCGCAUGUUAAAACUUGCAGAACAACAACAACAGCAUAGCCCUGCCUUGUACAUGCGAUCCACUCGGCUUUCUCUUUCCAAAGAUGAACAGUUGUUGCUAUUUGGAUGAAAACUUCAUCUUCUGCAGUAGGAAAUCAAGUGUUGCCAAAAAGAAAGUGCACAAAGGAAAUCAUCAAGGAUAGAGCGCAGCAACCUCUUUCAAAGGAAACUGUUCUUGGAGAAGCCCGGUGAUGCGGAUUCGAGUGGUUCAAAUCUGGGGCUUUUUGAUGACAGUCCUGGGUUGGAUCUUCGUGGCUUGCACUAUGGCCAUGGAGGGCUGGAAAAUCAGCUCUGUCGGUGGCAUGGGAGGCUCCUCCAUCUUGAAGGUGGCCUGGUACUGGUCCAGUCUGUGGAGAUCUUGCUUUACAGAUUCAACAGCUGUCAGUAACUGCUACGACUUCCCCGUGCUCUGGUCCGUGGAGGGCCACAUUCAGAUUGUGCGAGGUCUGCUGAUGGCUGCUCUGUCCCUGGGCAUGCUGGCCUUUGUGCUCAGCUUGUUGGGCAUGGAGUGCACCUUCAUUGGGGGGAAAGACCGCUCAAAACACAGGAAGAUCUACACUGGCGGUUGCUUCCACAUAAUCAGUGGUUUACUGUCCACAAGUGGAUAUGCCGUUUAUGCACAAUACGUCUCAGUAGAAUAUUUCAACCCAAACUUUGAUGGGCUUAAGUUUGACCUUGGCACCCCACUCUUCCUCGGCUGGGUUGGCUCCGCCUUUCAAAUGGCUGGUGGUACCUUCUAUCUAUGGUCGGUGUGCAGGCCACUAUGUGGACAAGAGCACACAGUGAUUAUCCGACAAUUACCAGAUGUGGAAAAAGACAUCAAAACCAAGUCCACCACAGAACUGUCCUCGGUGUCUGGAAUCACCUCCAGGAUUAAAGCGUCCUCUGUGUCCGGGCUGUCAUCAGAGCGUUCAAACUUGUCCGCCAUCUCCUCAGGAUCGACAUCUGGAGGCUCCGCCGAAUCAGAGCGCGGGUCGAACACAAAGCGAACUAAUGCUUCUGUCGGGUCAGGGUCAGCUUCAGAGUCUGGCCUCUUGUCCAGAUACAGCUCAUCAACAGCGUCAGGGUCGCGUAGCAUCAUCAGUAGUCGUGUGUCAUCGUUGUCUGGCAGCUCGAGGAGUCAGGCAGUAUCUUUCCUUAAGAACUCCUACAUUUGAGUGACACAGACUUGUACAAAGGACUCCAGAAGACCAGCAUGGUGCUGCACUUUAGGCUGUUAAGAGUCUUGGGACAAAAGCUGUUUGUUAUGUUUAAUGGAUCCAAGGUACAUGGCAGUGUUGCAGUUAAGACCCCUGAACCAGGUCCAACAAUUUGAGUGCUUGUCAAGACAAAGACUGCGGCAAGACCAAGUUAAGGCUUGUACCAAGUAUGAUGACGUUUGGAGAGGUUUAUAGAAUGUAAGCGAAAUAAAUAAAGGUUAUACUAUA